AUGCGAGCCACACGAUUGCUGGGGACCGCUACAUUGGCCGUGCUAGCUGAGUUAGCAUGGGCACAACCUGGUUAUGUGCUACCCCCUGAGACCCUAUUACCAACCGCUUCUGGUACCAUUGCGGGAUGUUUGAAAUACCAAAACCCGGGCAAAUAUACCACGCUUUGUCGUUAUAUGGCCUGGGAAAACGAUGUUUCGACAGACAAUCUCUUUGAUUGGAACCCGAGCCUCGAAAGUAACGUCAGUAGUUUUACCCUGCAGUCUACCAACAGCUACUGUGUCCUGCGGUAUGAGAAUAGUACUGAAUCUGCAAAAUAUACCUGGACCGUUUGUCUUCCUAUUGACGCCAUUGAGGUGGGUACAUCCUCAAACUGCAACUGUUUCACAACCGUUGAUGGGGAUUGGGCCGGUGACUAUGACUGUGACAAACUCAUCGAGGAAUACGCCAUCACAUCGUAUCAACUUCUUGCAUGGAACUCCUGGCUGACAGGAGAUUGUGUCACAACACUCUUUGCCGGUCUAAAUGAAACCGCCUCUCGCGCAGUUUGUGUCGGUGUUGGCGACCCCACUUUUACGACUAUGUUCAACGCUCUAUCAGGAAUGCCAACGCAAACUCCCACCUGGAUAGGACCAACACAGACCGGGAUUGUUUCGGGAUGUCAGCAGUUCCAUACUGUCCAGUCCAUUGACAAUUGCGCUUCGAUAGAGAACGAGUAUGGCAUAACUGCUAGCCAGUUCUAUCAAUGGAAUCCAAGCAUUGACAGCACAUGUACUAAUCUUCAGUGGGGAUAUGCGUAUUGCGUGGAAGGACCGGUAUUUUAA